UUUUUGUUUUCUCUCCCGCGUAGUGAAGAAGAAGAAGAAGAAGAGAUGAGCGUGGAAGAUCUUCCGAGGAAGGAGGCGAACGUGCUGAAGGGUCACGAGGGUGCCGUGUUGGCCGCCAGAUUCAACGCCGACGGAAAUUACUGCCUCAGUGGCGGCAAAGACCGCACCAUCCGCCUCUGGAAUCCUCACCGUGGUAUCCAUAUCAAGACCUACAAAUCCCACGGCCGCGAAGUCCGAGAUGUUCACGUCACCACGGACAAUUCCAAGUUAUGUUCCUGUGGUGGAGAUCGACAGGUCUUCUAUUGGGAUGUUGCGACCGGACGUGUAAUUAGGAAAUUCCGUGGCCAUGAUGGUGAGAUAAAUGGUGUAAAAUUCAAUGAGUAUUCAUCUGUUAUAGUCUCAGCGGGAUAUGAUCAAUCACUGCGUGCUUGGGACUGCAGAUCCCACAGCACUGAGCCAAUCCAGAUUAUUGACACAUUUGGAGACAGUGUGAUGUCUGUUUGCUUAACAAAAACUGAAAUUAUUGGGGGAAGUGUUGAUGGAACUGUUCGAACAUUUGACAUUCGUAUUGGCAGAGAAAUAUCCGAUAACUUUGGGCAACCUGUCAACUGUAUAUCAAUGUCAAAUGAUGGUAACUGCAUUCUAGCCGGUUGCUUAGACUCUACUGUGCGCCUUUUAGACAGAACCUCAGGUGAACUAUUACAAGAAUAUAAAGGACACACUAAUAAGUCAUACAAGUUGGAUUGCUGCCUCACCAACACGGAUGCUCAUGUAGCUGGUGGCUCUGAGGAUGGCUUCAUCUAUUUCUGGGAUCUUGUAGAUGCAUAUGUAGUGUCAAGUUUCAGAGCCCAUACCUCAGUGGUAACAAGUGUAAGUUAUCACCCAAAGGAAAACUGCAUGCUAUCUGCUUCUGUGGAUGGCACCAUUCGAGUAUGGAAGACUUAACAACAAAAUGCUGUCAUGAAAUGAUGAGAAACAUGUCCUAUUGCAAUUGGUGUUACUUCAGGUUUAUAUAUAUUCUUCCGUGUGUUUUGACUUGCAUGUACAUUUGAUUUGGGACAUUGUAGUAAAUACAAGGUGUGGCCGUGUGGCCUUGUUGUUUGCUACAUCUGUGCUGCUGUGUCACAUCAAAAGAACAGUCUUUGUCUCCAAAAGAAAUAGGGUAUUGGUCCGUGAAGGGAAAAUGAGUUCAAUUAUUUUGUGAAA